AUCAAUGAAUUGGGAAAAAUUCGAGUCGCAAAAUUGAUGAAUUGGGAACCUUUAAAAUGCAUGUAAUCUAUCAUUAGGGGCUAUAUUCUGCAUCACAAAGCAUUUUAAACUCUAGGUUUUGACAGAAAAACUACAGUACGGUUAUGAUAUUUUGACUAUCGUAUCAUGUCAUGUGAAAAUUGUGUUAUUGCCACUUCAGUUAGAAUGUGCCCGUCAAUUGGAAAAAUAUCUUCCAGUGAUAGGCAUAAGCACUGAGGUUGCAUAAAAAUUAAUAUUAAUAAUUUUGUUUUAGCCCUUAAAAGUCUUACAAGCCCUGCAAUGUUUCAUGUGAGUUAAAUUAAAAACUUAAAAACUAAACAAAAACAACAACAAUGGAUCUUGUACUGGUUUGACAUCUUUUAACAAUAGACAGUGAGAAUAGUCACACGUAACCAAAAUGAGUUUUUAGAGUGGAAUGCUUUAACAAUAAUUUUCAAAGGUAAGUCUUAUAUUUUGUUUUGAUUUUUUUUCAAAUCAUCAAAUAAGAUAUUAAGAUCAUCUGCCAUUAAAUGCUUAUGUAUAUGUUGUAAAUAACUAUAGGAUUUUACACCCAUGUCUCAUUAUUUUUAAUUUUAUGUUAAACUUUUAUUUGUUUAUAUCCGUAUCCGAAUAGUUACUGUCCGGAUUUGACACUUAAAAAACUAUACAUAGAAGUAAUAUGCGCAUUUAACUCAAUACGGUUACGUUUUUUUUAAUGUCAACGAAAAAUUAGUGUUGAGAAAGUUUAUUGAUGUAAGGAAGACUGGUCUUAGCGAUGGAAUUCUUUCACGGGAAAUAUCGAUCACUCGUCGCGGUUAUGUAAUCCAUUCACAUUUUACACAGUGGUUAGAGUUGCGCCCCAUUUGAAAAGUUUUGUUUACUUUCUACGCAACAAUGUCCUGCGAAAAUAAAUGGCCGAAAAUGAAAGGCUCGACAAUAUCAAAAGAUAUUUCCAGCGAAAAUAAAAGGCACUGGCUAUUGGGAACGGCACCUAAAAUCGUUCGGAACGGUAGAUAUCGAGAUUGGGAAAGGUCCGGUGCUAAAAUUGGGAAGCCUCCGGAAGGCUUUGGGAAAGGUACCGUUCCCCGGUACUAGUUAAAGAAGGAAAAAAAACGCUGUAUGAUUUUAAUUAUUAUUAUAAUUGUUCUUUCAAAAUUUGUUAACUACAUGUAACUAAUAUUUUUUAAAAGAUUUUUUGUUUCAUGAUGCGCAUCGACUCGGCAUCAUGUCGCGGAAUGCCUUGGCGGACAGAUGCGAAGUUUCGCGGCGAAAUGCGACUUGCCGCUGCAUACUGACGCGGCUUCAACGACUGACGCGGCAUCGACUCGUUUCGCCUUGCCGCCGCGGAUCGCGAAAUACGUUUGUUCCACUUUGGCUGUACUGUACAUUGAUCAUGACUUGCAGAUGACCCCUAUUGACUUUCAGGUCACUAGGUCAAAGGUCACGGUGACUUGACACAGUAAAAUGGUUUGCGGAUGAUAACUCAAGAAAGCUUAUGCCUAUGAUCAUGAAACUUCAUAGGUACAUUUAUCAUGACUCGCAGAUGACCCCUAUUGAUUUUCAGGUCACUAGGUCAAAGGUCAAGGUCACGGUGACCCGAAAUGGUUUCUGGAUGAUAACUCAAGAACGCUUAUGCCUAGGAUCAUGAAACUUCAAAGGUACAUUGAUCAUGACUCGCAGAUGAUCCCUAUUGAUUUUCAGGUCAAAGGUCAAGGUCACAGUGAUUCGACUUAGAAAAAUGGUUUUGGAUGAUAACUCAAGAACGCUUACGCCUAGGAUCAUGAAACUUCAUAGGUACAUUGACCAUGACUCGCAGAUGACCCAUAUUGACUUUCAGGUCACUAGGUAAAAGGUCACGGUGACUUGACACAGUAAAAUGGUUUCCGGAUGAUAACGCAAGAAAGCUUAGGCCUAGGAUCAUGAAACUUCAUAGACACAUUGAUCAUGACUUGCAGAUGACCCCUAUUGAUUUUCAGGUCACUAGGUCAAAGGUCAAGGUCACAGUGCCAAAGAACGUAUUCACACAAUGGCUGCCACUACAAUUGACAGCCCAUAUGGGGGGCAUGCAUGUUUUACAAACAUCCCUUGUUUUUAAGGUUUUUGAUGCUGCUUUGUGUAUUUAUGAUUAUUUUUGUCAUUGUUGUACCUAAAUCUUAUAUGAGUAGUUGAGUCAUAUAAAAUAAAUGUUAAGGCCACUAGAACAGAACUAUUGUUUUAUUGUUAAGCACCGUAUUUUACCAUGCAUAGCGCGCAGUUUUUUACCUUCAAAUUUCAAAAUAAAAAUUCAGUGCGCGUAAUACAUUGACACAACGCUUUCCUGGUUGCUAAAUUGCAAAAAAUCCAUUUCGUAAUCGUUAAUCUUCGCAAUUGCCGCCAUUUUUGUUAUUGCAAAAAAAAACUACACCCUAUAAUGUUAUAGACUGAAGGGGCCGUUGUCGAAACAACAAAUAGCGGGAAAGGUUAGGAAUGAACGGGGUAGUAAUAGUUUUGACAAAAAUUAAAAGAUGAAAAAAAUGUCUUUGUUGGUGUUUUCACACUUCUUCAUUGAUUGUUCAUUAAAAAAAAUCGAGGUAUAUCGAUCCCUGUGCGUCGCGGUAUUGUUUGUUAAAGUUUUUGUUGUCAUGAAAACUCGUUGAUUUACAACGCAUUACGUCUUAUUUGAACUGAGGCUAAUUAUUUCAAUAAUAUUUCUCAACUUCGCUUUUGCUUUACUUUGAUAAUUUAAUCCAAAGUUUAAUGUUAGCAUUUCCGAAAAUUUGCACUCUAUGUGAAUUGACAGUUUGACGUCAUCAAAGGAAAGCCGCUUCCUGUCUGAAGCAAUAAAGUGACAAGUUUCUCGCCGACAAAAUUGGCUUCCUUUGUCUAGCAAUCAACAUGCCAAACCAAUCGUGUGUUUGUUCCUCAAUGGCAAUCGUCCAAUUAAAUAAUAGCACGUGCAAAGCUCCGCCUUCGAACCUUUUGCAGAGAACGGAGGUGGAGUUUAACGGUUAAUUGAGCAAGUGUUUUACGUAAGUUGAGUUCCGAUUUGCCGAAAUUACUAGGCCCUAAGCAUUGAAACGACGAAUACAUUUAUCAAUGAAUUUCCGAUCUCUGCAUAAAUAUGCUACUGUGCGAGUAUACUAAGUAGGUUACAAACCAACAAUAGAGAUAUAGACUCGUUUUAUUUUCUUUCAAUAGAGACAAACAAAUAAUAUUUGUCAAAUGGCUUUACGCCGAUAACGCCAACUGUAUGGAAUUGAGCGUUCGGGUGUAUUGUUUGUCUUACUAUAAAUACUUAUCAACUAGACGCAGUGAAGGCGCGAAAUACCGGGUCAAACUGGAUUUAUUGGGGAGCAUCUCUUAAUGGGGAAAUAUUUAAGUCGAUGAAAAAUAAAAUGGUAUCCACGGACGAUUUGCGUAAAAUUGGACAUUGAGAUGUUGCGGGUCUGCAGAAGAAGAUGUCAUACGAUGUUGUGAGCGGCAGGUAAUGAAAAUGUUACACUGAUCAAAUGUGAGGAAUAGGUAAUAGUGGUUCGAAUUUAACGCGCAGGGGUCUUGAAAAAACAUGCGCAGCGGCAAUAAGGACAUAACGGUGUUUUCGAGAGAAUAAUCUUAAAAAUUGUCGAAAAUAUAGUGCUAUGCAACCCAUGCUCCUGAUCGUAUAAACGCUCCCUACUUUAAAACAAAAAAUUAAGCGCCCGAAAAACUCAGAUUAAAUGAUAGCGCAAUAUAAGAAUGGCGGCCAUUUUCGGCCAAAUUUUCAGGUUUUUGGUCUUGAAAUCUUUUUUUUCUCCAUUUUGGCUUUUAAAAAUCGCAUGCGCGUUAUACAUGGUAGCGCGCUAUACAUGGUAAAAUACGGUUGUAAUUAUUGUUUUAUAUAUUUCAGAUCCUGAUUUAUACUGUAGGAUUAACUGCUAUUUGAAUUUUCGUCUGUAUGUAUUUCAUAAAGGACUGAAAAGCAUUCCUACAUUAUUAAAAGAAGUGAACUGUGAACUAUCUUAUUUAUGAUUUCUUGUUUAUUGGGAUAUAACACGGCCGUAACCAUCCGGGUUACAGUAUUAUAGACUAUUUUAACAAAAUUAUACUUUAACUACAUGUACUUUAACAUGUAAAACUUCAUACACUAGAGUAUCAAAAUUGGCGACAGGUUCAUUGUCUAAUGUUGUGAUACGUUGGCCUUUGGUUGAAAAGUUUUAUUGUACAUCUUGUGUUUGACUUUAUCCGUGUUUCAGUGUUAAUUUUAACUUCUAAGGUUGAUAAACUUUUGGAACUAGCUUUAUUGUUUUCAUAUUUCACAAGAAAUAUACUUGAACGAUACGAACAAAAAGGUUUUAACAUUAUAAACAGUAACAAAAUGGCAACAGGUUCAUUGUCUUCAGUUCCAAAACGUUUGCGUAUGGUUGAAGACUUUUCUUGCACAUGUUGUUUAGAGCAGAAUCUUACGGAAUCUGCAGACAUUUAUUGUGAACAAUGUUUAAGGUUUUAUUGUAAAAAAUGUGUUAUCCUGCAUAGUCAGUUGUUUACAAAACAUAUGACAUGUGGAAGGGAGGAUUUUAAGAAAUGGCCAGUUUCUAAGGCGGUGGAAGAUUUUCUCAGGAAGUGUGAGGUGCAUGCGGAUGAAUCACUGACACAGUUUUGCCAUGACCACGGUCAGCUGUGCUGCUCUGCAUGUGUUGGAACAAUUCACAGCCAGUGCAGUAAAGUGACUCCAAUUAAUGAGCUGACCAACACGCAGCCCACAUACCUACAGGGACUGUCAGUGGAGCUGGAAACUGUCCUGGGAGAAAUCAAAAACCUUCAGAUCAGUCAGGAGGCAAGCGUUAAGUCAUUGCAGGGAACAUACAAGGAACAUGGGGCACUCAUGAUAGAACAAAUGCGUGGCAAUUUAAAUACUAAUAUUGAUGAGUGUGGUAAUAGUUCUGUGGGUACAUCAGGCGGAAAUGAGCAAUAUUUAAAAGAAGAAAUGUGUAGGAGUGUUGUUUCUAUCAUGAAUGAAUUCGAUAAUAUUACUGCGAAGGAACUUAACGAGAUGAAAGCUGAGGUUAUAAGCAUUAAAGGGUCAGUUACAAGUUCUAUUCAUAAAUGCACCAGUCUUCACAAUGACUUGUCACAAUUUUAUGAAAUUGUUCAGAAAAUUGGAGAUCAUAAGCAGCUCUGCCUAAUAGCCAGCAUAAAAUGUAAGCAUAUAAUACAGCAGGCACUGACUCUGCUGGGAAAGUCAGGCAAGGCGUUUAAUGUCCAGAGUAAUACUGAGCACAAUGUGAGAAUACCAAGUGAUUCAGAUGAAUGUUGUAUCUCAGGCAUAUGUGUUCUUCCCGAUGGACAGGCACUGGUUGUAGACUGGAAAAAUCAGAAUGUCAAGCUGCUGAACCAGCAGUACCAGGUGGUGAGUCACUGGGAUGUGAAUGCUCGGCCAGUUGUCAUUUGUUUGAUCACACCCAGUGAGGUUGCAGUGGCUGUGAAUGACCAUGUUAGCAAGAUACAUGAGGUCCAGUUUAUCACUGUCAACCAGGGAAAGCUUGUUCCUGGCCGGAAGUUUCAGUUACAACAUGAAUGUAGAGGUAUUGAACAUCACCAAGGAGACCUUUUUGUCAUCUCUAGUGAAGAACUGUACAAAUACACACUGAAUGGCAAACAGGUCUGCAGUCUCUAUAGGUCAUUUGAAUAUGAAGUAGACAAGUGUGCUGUGAGUCCCACAGGAGACAGGCUGUACAUCACCAGCCCUGAGCAGAACAAGCUUCUCACCCUGGCCAGGGAUGGCACACUCCUGGCUACAUACACAGACCCAGCAAUAGGUGGCACACGUGGUCUACAUGUGACCCCUGCAGGCCAGGUGCUGGUCUGUGGAUACCUGUCCUACACUGUACGACAGGUGGGCUGGGAGGGAGAGAGUAAGCUGGCUACUCUUGCUACAGGGUUGGAUGGAGUGGAGUACCCAGAGUCAGUCUGCUACAGCAGCACCACAUCAUCCAUCAUUGUGGGACAGUGGGAUAGCAACACAAUCCUGGUGUUCAGAGUGGAAUAGUGUGUACAUUUGCUGCUGGGUCGGGACAACGAUGCUGAGGAUGUGGGGGACAAGCAUGACGCAGAAGGAGAGCACCAGCAUUGAUAUCGAGUUGGCCAAGCAACAGCACAAGUCCGGCCUGCAGGAGCCCCAAUACAGAACCAUCCUUUCCCUCCCCUGAUCCCUAACUCCUCCAACUGGACCUCUGGCCACAAUGGGUCAGCAUCGUUACACAAGUCUGUUCUGCACUAAAUCCUCAGCACGUCAAGUUUUCACGCGCUGUUAUGAACAACCAAAAUGUCCGCGUCGAGAUUUCCCCAAGCAAGCCCGAGUAGUUUUGUUUAGCUCUAGUGCCCGAGUGGGAUGAGUGUUACAGAAGCGAGACGUUAUAGCAGUACAUAUGGUAACGCAAACAGUUAAUGCUAACAGUUAAAUCUCGCUGUGGACAUCAUGAAGAAUCUCACAAAGAAUUAAACGUUGAAUAAUUUGUUUCAUUCUUUAUAAGACACAGGGUUCGCACAGGGCUUGAAAAGUGCUUGAAAACGAGUCCUAGGCUUGAAAAGCCCUUGAACAAAGGUUGGCCUUAAAACAGUGCUUGAAAAGUGCUUAGUUCAUGUAAAAAAGCCUUGAAAAUGUUUAUUUCUGCUCAAAAUUACUUUUAUCAUGGCUUUAAUUACAAACUUAAAUCGUUCUUAUGGGAAAUAUUACGAAAAUGUAUCAUAGAUUCCUUCGCGCAAAAAGUUGAGUACGAAAUAUAAGUUUCGUACAAUAUUGAGUACGAAAUGUUAUGUGUACACGUCACAGAUUAUUAGUGCUACGUCAGAGGUUCUCCAUUGUGAUCAAUUUUCGCGAGUGAAAACGCAGCAAUGGGGAAGUGUCGUUUCAAACCAGGGUGGUUAACUGAAUAUUCCUGGGUACAGAAAACAAAUGACAUUCGAAAAGCACAUUGUUGGGUCUGUAUGAAGACCAUUGAUGUCGGGGGUAUGGAGGAAAGCGCUUUGAAAAGCCACAAGAAAGUGAAAACCCUCAAAGAAAACAUGAAAUUGAGAAGCAAACAGGGUUCCUGGGAUGUGUUUUUUGUUAAACAGGAAGGUACUAUUGUUAAAACUGUUAAAUCUAAAACAGACAUAAAAAACAACAGCCCAUCUGUGUCAAACCAGGAAGGCAUAGCCACAUGCAGAGAGUGUGCAGAUAGAAGAUUCAAAUUCCAGGACCUUCGCAACUUUCAGCUGUAGUAUCAAACUCGCAGACAUCCAUAGACAAAUUCGUUUAAAAAAAUGAUAUGUUGAACGCGAAAGUAUUUUGGGUAUUCAUACCGUUUGCACACAACCAUCCUUUAAUUCCAAUAAAAACAUUACAAAGUUUUUUCAGGUUGUGUUCCAUGACAGUACCAUAGCAAAGCAUAAUUAUGUGGCUGUUUUGGGGCUAGCUGAACAUUUCAAAACUGUACUUGAUAGUUCUAUAACUUAAUUAAUUAACUUCAAUUAUGACAAUAGAUUCUUUGUCCAUGGCAAGUGACCAGUUCCAGUCUGACUCCGUAGCAGCAUUAGACACAAACCAAAAGCACGCAUUAAACAUUAAAAUUAAUGUACAACACUUGUGGAACUGUCUAUGCUAAGCAGUAUGGGUUUAUGGAGCUCCACUGCUCAAACGGGAACAAUAAAAGAAUUGUAUAGUAUUCAUGCAUGUGGGGAACCAUAACCUCAGUCUUCAAAGCAGACCGAGUCAUUUCUUUAACGGCGUCGAAUGCAUUUCAUGUAAGUUUUAAAGUUGUGAACCAUACCCGUAGCCAGGGCGGGGGGAGCGUUGGGUGCGAUCGCACUCAACAUUUUUUGCCGAGUAGAAAAAAAAAUUCAGCUAUGAUCAAGACAGGAUAAUUGUGUGUUGUAUGGCAAGAAAACAAAUCAUUCAUACAAAGCAAUGUAGCUUUUAUGUAGUUUACCAACACUUAAUGGCAUUUGUUCUGCUCCGCAAUGUUUUAAAUAUGUCAAACUUGACACUACGAAAUAUGUCCUACCCUAAAAAAAUUGUUAUAAUGAAUUUAAAACGUUAUAACAUAUGAUCAGGUGUACGUUAAUGUUUAAUGUUCAUUAAAUGUGACGGAUCUUGAGCGUAAUGAGCAAAUAAGUUCAUCUUUGUUCUGCCACGUCCUGGUAUACAUUGUUGAGGAUUUGGGACCAUAGGGCAAGUAGUUUGUGGUUAUAGGGUCUUUAUGAAGCCUUAAGUGUUAUAUGUUUCUGAAAUUGUUUAAGAAAACAGAUAACUAUUUUUUAUAAAUAGUUUAUUUCUUUUUAUAAAUGUAACCAGUUAUACCAUUUUGAUUUCUAAUCAGUAUUGGUGCAGAUUAGAGAAGACCCAGUUGUGCUAAGUGCGUAUUGUACAAUACAUUAUUAGCACGUUUAGAGCAAUUAUAUGCCUCUGGUGCUAUCCAUAGUAGCAGAUAUAUAAUUGUUUUCAAAAAAGUCAAAUAUUUCCUUUUUAUUUGCUUGAUUUAUCAAUGGCAGAAUUUUGGAAUGGCAAAAUACAACAAUUUUAUCAAGAUUCCAAGAUUCAAAUAAAUAAUAAUAUUUUAUACCGUUCUUAUUGUUGAUUUUACAUUCUAUAAAUUUGUUGUUGCAUAUGUAAACAAAGUUUGUGCGCGCAUACGAGUGUCGGUUUAAACACCGUAUAAAAUAAUGUUUUUCCGUGACUAAUCAAAAAAGGUGAUUAUUUACAAACGUGGUAGGAAAUACAUGUAUGUUAUGUCACAGGGGCGUAUAUAACCUUCAAACAUUAGGGAGGCGGACGCAAGGUCCCGGCUCUGAAAAGAAUAACAUUGUUAUUGUAAUAAAUGUUGUGUUAAAUAAUAAUGAUACUAAUAAAAACACAUUAUUUUGCAACAAUACGAGUAUUA